ACUUGUUCCACACCGCCAUUCGACACUUGCCAUGGCGCGUCUAUUACCGCUGGUGGCUGCCGCGGCCCUCCUGGGCCCGGCGGCCUCAACGAUCACUUCCCGCAGGGAAUGCGGUGAAGUAGAGGGUGAUUUUUAUCAGUUCUCUGCCAAAACACUAAACGGUUCACACACCGUUGCCUUUGAGGAGUAUCGAGGCAAGGUAGUGAUGGUGGUCAACGUGGCCACCUACUGAGGGCUCACCAUUCCCUCAUACAACCAAAUGAAUGCACUGGCGGAGUAUUAUGUUGAUGAAGACUUCGUCAUCCUUGGCUUUCCAUGCAACCAGUUCAAUUUGCAAGAGCCAGGGGUAACUGCCUCCGAAAUUAUGAACGGGAUCAAAUACGUGCGUCCCGGUGGAGGUUUUGAGCCCAAGAUGACACUCUUUAAGAAGACUGAUGUCAAUGGGAAGGACGAAAACUCCAUUUUCACAUUCCUUAAGAGUGCCUGUCAGUACACUGACUCCACCUUCUCGUCAAGCCUCUUCUACGAGCCCCUCAGGGUGAAUGACAUCUACUGGAACUUUGAAAAGUUCCUGAUCGACAAAAACGGAAAGCCUUACGUCCGCUACCACCCCUCCGUUAUAACCUCUGGCAGCAUCAAGGAGGACAUUAACUUCCUACUCAACGCAUAAUGAUGUUACUGAGCUGAGCGGCCUUUGGAAGCCAUGUCGACGGUAGUGUCCAGUCACCUGCAGCAGCCUGUUUAUGAUGACGUCGCCGGAAACCUUAGGUGGGCGAAGUCUGAAGCCAGCAGGGGAGCGAGGACCUUUGUGCAUUCUGUUCGUAGCUCCCCUGCUCGCGGACUGCUCAGGUGUGUGGUCCUAUCGCUGGGCGGGGCUCUGGCCGACACAGUCUUUAUUUACUUGCGUUGUAAAUAAAUAAUAAAGAUACAUCCUUCAAACAA